UUGACUAUUUUUCAAUGCGGAGAUUUUUGGUGACUGCAGCAUUCCUACUGGGGCUGAUAACUGAUAAUCAAUAAUCCAUCUUCAAUAUUCUUCCCCUCAUUUACCGUCUCUGGUCGAUCCCAAUUAUUCCAUUUCCACGGGCAAAGUUCAUUACAACACACCCCAAUGAUGUCUAUGAACAAGGUGCCAGUGCUUUGUAGAUUCGGGGGCGACUUCAUUUGGGAAUCAAAUAAGGUUUAUUAUAGAGGAGGCACAAACCGCAUUGUUCAUGUUGAUCGAGCGAUCGAUUACCUCAAUCUUUUAUUUAAAGUGCACGAGAUUUACAAGUUGACCGAUGUUAGCAGCAUCAAGUACAAAUAUCCUACUCUAGAUUUGGAUUCACUUGUGUCGAUUGAGAAUGAUGAAGACUUAUCCAAUAUGAUGGAAGCAUUUCCUCGAAGUAGCGAGCCUAUUAACCUCUAUGUUUUUGGUGACCAAAACCUUUCAAUCCCCAUUCCCAUUCCUAGUAAUGUAAUGCGGAAUGCUGAUACUGGAAAUGUUCAAGCAUCGUUGCAAGAUUUACGUGGAAGUAAUACAACAGUUGCACCUUCCUCACAUAAUACAAGUGCCAAUGACAGUGGUGUUCCAAAUGCGUCAAAUGGCUUGCGUGAAACAGGCUGCUUGUUGAUGGAUAGUUGUGUCAGUGACAUGCCGAAAAUGAUGUUGGUUUUAAAAGAAGGCCAAGAAUUUGUAGAUGCAAAUGCUUUCCACAAAGCUUUAAGGGAGUACGCCAUACGUUCAAAGUUCGAAUACAAGCGAACCAGGUUUGGUGGUGGCCAUUAUCAAGCGAAAUGCAUUAAAGGAAAUUGCUCAUGGCGCAUACAUGCAUAUAAGCUUCCUGACAAGCCUACAUUUAAGAUAAAAUCCUUGAAGGGAAACCAUACUUGUAAUGUGGUGAAUGAGUCAACAAUGCCAAACACAACAACACAUCGACAAGCCAGUAGGAGUUGGAUUGCUGCUUUAGUUAAGGAUCGACUCCAGAAAAAUUUGCGUUGUAGACCCAAAGAUAUUGUCAAUGAGAUUAGUCGAGAAUACGGGAUCAAAGUAAGUUAUGAUAAAGCUUGGAGGGGUAAACAAUUCGCACUAAAAGAGAUGCAGUGUGAACAAUCCAUUAAGACACUUACAAUGACUCAUGAAGAAAUACAAACAACCAAUCCAGGAGGCAUGGCAAAGCUUAGCAGUAUUGAUGAGCCUUUUAAAGAUGUUAUCUAUCCAAAAGGAGAUCUUGAUGCUGUUUCAAUUAGUAAGAGAGACGUUGAGCUAUUGCAACCAAAGAAAUUCAUCAAUGACACCAUCAUUGACUUUUAUCUUAAAUACUUAAAGAAUAAAAUCCCAGUUGAGGACAAGCAAAGAUUCCAUUUUUUCAACUGUUUUUUCUUCUGCAAGCUAGCUGAUAUAGACAAGGAUCCAGGAAGUGCAAGAGAAGGGAGUGCAGCUUUCCUAAAUGUUCGUAAAUGGACAGGGAAAGUAAAUGUAUUUGAAAAGGAUUACAUCUUCAUACCUGUAAAUUUCACUAAUCAUUGGAGUUUGAUAGUUAUUUGUCAUCCUGGAGAGGUAGCUAAUUUUAAAGAUGAAGAAAUUGAAAAGGCACCUAAAGUACCAUGCAUAUUGCACAUGGAUUCUUGGAAAGGAAUUCACAAAGGUUUAGAGAAUCUUAUUCGAAGAUAUCUGUGGGAGGAGUGGAAUCAUCGGCCGGAGUCAUUUAAAGAUGUUUCUUUAAAAUUCUCAAAUUUGCGAUUUGUCUCUCCAGAGCUGCCACAACAAGAAAAUCCAUUUGAUUGUGGCCUCUUUCUGCUCCACUAUGUGGAACUGUUUUUGAAGGAAGCCCCAGUUAACUUGAACCCCUUUAAGAUAAAGUUCUCGAAAUUUGAAGAUGCUGAAACUGGCAAGCAGUUUGUAUUCUUGCCUUCAGAUAGAGUUGGUUAUAAGCUGCAGGCUGAAAUUACAGUCGAAGCAUGUCCGGCCCAUCAUUCCUUCAACGACGUUGCAGCACUGAGGUGUCAUGUUCGGAAGAGAUAUCGGUGCAACCCAAGUUGAUUUUGUGGGUUCUAAUGAGCAGGUAGAAGAAACAGGGGAAAAGCCAAUGUCGGUCUUGCCUAAAGACUUUUGGGGGUGACUCUUAUAACCCAGCUUCGACUUCUGAUCCAGUCAAUGGUAGAAACAACUUUACUUCAUUGGUGUAAUGAAAAAUGUUAUAAAGUAUCAUUUAGGAUGUGUAUUUGGAAGAAUUGUUGAAAUGUAUUGCAAUCAUUGGUGUAAUGAAAUGAAAUUACCAA